AUGACGCUAAGUUCAUCAGAAGGCAAGGCCUAUGAUGAAGAUAUCAUCAAUGAAAAAAAUGGAGUUAAUCAACAUGUUGUUGACUCUCCUCAAAGCGAGGUUGAACAUGGUAUUAUCAAGGAUUGGGACGUUGAAGAGGCAGCCGUUCGACGCAAGGUCGAUUUCAUUUUAAUACCAACUCUUGCGCUCGCUUUUUUCUCCCUCCAACUCGAUCGGGGCAAUAUCAGUGCCGUACUCACCUCGACCAUCACCGAAGAUCUCGGAAUCACAACAAAUCAAGUCAACAUCGGUACUCAGCUCUUAUCUGCGGGAAUUGUUCUGUCCGAGAUCCCCUCCAAUAUAAUUAUGCAACGCCUCGGACCCCGUGUCUGGCUUUCAGGCCAAUUGUUUGCUUGGGGUCUGGUUGCUACCUUCCAGGCCUUUGUGAAAUCGUACCCAGCAUACUUGGUAACUCGCUUCUUACUAGGUUUGUGUGAAGGCGGAUUUAUUCCUGGUGCCCUUUAUUAUCUUUCAACUUGGUAUAAGAAGGAAGAAACUAGUCUCCGGACUACCUUUUUCUUCUAUGGUCAGAUGUUUGCUGCUGCUACUUCCAGCUUGAUUUCUGCGGGUGUGCUGAAAUUAAGUGGUACUGGUGGAUUGGAAGGAUGGCGAUGGAUCUUCCUCAUCGAGGGAGUGAUCACCUUAUUCAUCGGCGUUGUUUUCACACUUCUCAUUCCACCUAAAGCUGGUGAUGGCCGCCCAUUGAUCGCCUUCGGUCGCUGGAGUUAUUUCACCGAGCGAGAGUCGCAUAUUAUUCGCAACCGGGUUUUGUUGGAUGAUCCCCGCAAGGCUCGUGGGCAUAUCCAGAUCUCCGGCUCUGAUAUCUGGAAGACUGUUAAACAGCCACGCAUUAUGCAGCACGUUCUGCUGACCCUUGUGGCUAUGUCUGGUCUCCAGGGAUUGACACAGUAUACUCCAUCUAUGAUAAAGUUGAUUGGGUUCAGUUCCGUGAAGGCUAAUGCACUGGCAUCUGUGGGUGUUUACUGCGGUAUUGUGUGGUUAACUAUCUUGUCUUUCUUCUCCGACUUCUUCGGUCACCGCGGGCCUUUUGUUGUGAUCUCUAUUACCUGGAAUGUGAUCUCCUAUGUGUGUCUGCGUACGCAACCGUACGGAUCUGGGAAAUGGCACAAGUAUGGUGUACUCACCAUCGCGAACGUCUCCUACUGCAGUAUGCAUAUUCUUAAUGUGGGUUGGCUAUCCACCUACUGUCAGACUCCUCAGGAACGAAGCGUCGCCAUGGCUCUUGUUGUCAUGGCUGCCAACUGCGCCGGAAUUUCCGGUUCUCAGAUCUUCCGCACAGAAGAUGCGCCCAGGUACCUGAACGGUUUGACGGCGAUUUGUGUCCUGGCUGGUGUCUCGUGGUUGCAAGCAUCUGGACUUUCCUUGCAAUAUCUGCUUCGUCGGAGAAAAGCUCCCAAAAAUGAUGACGAAUCGGAGUCCAGCGCCACGGCUUGA